AGUCUGGUCGGGAAGGAGCUGGCAGCGGUCUGUCGUGGCGUUGGAGGGUUUCUGAGCGCUCGUGUCCCAGGCCGCCGCCCUUCCUCCUUCGGGUCCUGUGAUGCCUAUGUACCAGGUAAAGCCCUACCAUGAGGGCGGCGCAUCUCUCCGUGUGGAGCUUCCCACCUGCAUGUACCGGCUCCCCAACGUACACGGAAAGACCGGCAGCGUUACCCCCGUCGCGGGCCACGUGCAGGAAGAGUCUAACACAUCUCUUGAAGCUCUUGAGUCCCGCCAAGAUGACAUUUUAAAACGUCUGUAUGAGUUGAAAGCUGCUGUUGACGGUCUCUCCAAGAUGAUUCACACUCCAGAUGCGGACUUAGAUGUCACCCACGUGAUCCAGGCUGGUGAGCCUGCUGCAUUAUCAGCCAGCGCACCAGACUUAAAUUCGGUGCUCGGGAAGGAUAACGGGGCCCUGAGAGACAUAGUGAUCAACGCAAACCCUGAUUCCCCUCCCCUCUCCCUGCUCGUGCUGCACCGGCUACUCUGUGACCACUACAGGGUCCUGUCCACUGUUCACACGCAUUCUGCUGUCAAGAGCGUGCCAGAAAAUCUUCUCAAGUGCUUUGGGGAACAGACUAAAAAACAGCCACGCCAUGAGUAUCAGCUGGGUUUCACCCUCAUUUGGAAGAAUGUGCCAAAGACGCAGAUGAAGUUCAGUGUCCAAACGAUGUGCCCCAUUGAAGGAGAAGGAAACAUCGCACGGUUUCUAUUCUCUCUGUUUGGCCAGAAGCAUAAUGCUGUAAACCUGACCCUCAUAGAUAGCUGGGUCGAUAUCGCAGUUUUUCAGUUAAAAGAGGGAAGCAGUAAAGAAAAAGCUGCAGUGUUCCGCUCCAUGAACUCUGCGCUGGGGAAGAGCCCCUGGCUCGUGGGGAACGAACUCACGGUGGCCGACGUUGUGCUGUGGUCUGUGCUGCAGCAGACAGGCGGCAGCGUGGCGGUGCCUGCCAACGUGCAGAAGUGGAUGAGGGCCUGCGAGAACCUGGCCCCUUUUAACACUGCGCUCAAGCUUCUCAAGUGCACCUGAUUUUAAAGGAUUUAAAGAAUGGUGCUUUUUCUCUUUGUUGGUAAAGGGACUUGUGACAAAAUUAGUCUAUUUAGGCCAGUUGUCAAAUGCCAAUAAAAGCAGCACAUCA